AUGACUCAUAUCAAUGCUCACAAGCACAAUGGGGGAGGGAAUCCGUCCAGGCCUGCAAGCCUCAAAUUCGAAGCGGGACUCGCGGAUGAUGACGCCCUAGAUGAUCAAUCCAAUUGGAAGUGGGAAACCGACCCAAGCAAUCCCUACAACUGGCCAACCAAGUGGAAAGUUCAGCAGGUGCUGAUGAUUGCGUCAGCCGCGUUCACAACCUCGCUUGGUGUGUCUAUUGUUUCGCCAGCUCAUUCGCAAUUCAUGAAAGAGUUUGGGAUCGGUAGUACGGUCGCAAUUCUUCCUUUGUCGCUUUACGUGUUCGCCCUAGCGCUAGGUCCAGUUGUGGGAGGACCAUUGUCUGAGACAAUUGGAAGAUACCCCGUUUAUAUCGGCUCUGCAUUGCUUGGAAGUUUAUUCACCCUAGGCGUUGGACUCAGUCACACAUUUACAGCGGUCUGUGUCUUGCGGUUUCUCGCUGGUCUUUGCUUCGCACCUCCUUUAGCCAUUGCUGCAGGAACCAUCAACGAAACGUUCAAGCCUGCCUCUCGGGCUAUCCCAUCCACUAUCUUCAUUCUCACUCCUUUCCUCGGUCCUGGUUUUGGCCCUGUCAUUGGGAGCUUCUUGAUCAAUCGCAAGGGCUGGCGCUGGACUCAGUGGACGAUGCUGCUUUUUGCUAUGUGUACCAUUAUCACUACUCUCAUCGCUCGAGAGACAUUUCAUCCAGUGAUCAAGUGCCGUCGCUCCAAAAGUCUCGGCCUGUCCAUUCCCCAAUCAUCACAGUCCUUGAAGCUACGAAAUUUUGUGACUGUCGCUCUUCUUCGUCCAGCUCAGAUGAUCCUCACCGAGCCCAUUGUUGCAUUGAUCUGUCUUUAUGUGGCAUGCGAAUUUGCAACACUCUUCUCAUUCUUCGCUGCCUUUCCGCUCGUCUUUCAGGGUAUUUACGGGUUCGGGAUCGAGGCUUCCGGUCUUGUGUUUCUCGCCAUAGUGGUCGGAUGCAUAAUAGGUGCAUUCACUGUGUUGUUAUGCGACAUAUUCUUUUACCGCCGAACAGCGACAAGCUAUCAGCAACAACAGGUACCGCCUGAGCUUCGCCUCUACCCAUCAUUGAUUGGCAGCAUUGGACUACCCAUCAGCCUGUUCUGGUUUGGCUGGACUUCCCGAGCAGAUAUAUCAUGGGCAAGUCCUGUGGUAGCCAUUGUGCUAUUUGCCUGGGGGAAUAUUUGCGUCUUCGUAAGCACGGCUCAGUAUAUCGUCGACACUUACCAUGGCUUGACGGUGGCAAGCGCGAUGAGUGCAAAUGGCCUGGCUCGGUAUGGACUUGCAGCUGCAUUCCCUCUCUUCUCAGUCCAGAUGUAG